AUGGACUACCAGGCAAGCUCUCACUUCGUUAUCUUAAUACGCGAGCACAUUUCGCUGACCAUACCACAGAACCGUGCAGGCUCCAAAUUUGGCGGCGGUGGUGUAGCCUCGCAGUCUGCCACCAAUGCUGACCGCCGCGAGCGUCUCCGCAAGCUUGCGCUCGAGACCAUCGACCUCGACAAGGAUCCUUACUUCUUCAAGAACCAUGUCGGCAGCUUCGAGUGUCGCCUCUGUUUGACCGUUCACCAGAACGAUGGCUCCUACCUCGCGCAUACCCAGGGCCGUAAGCAUCAGACAAACCUGGCUCGCCGUGCCGCGCGCGAACAGAAGGAGGGCAAGGACAAGGACCAGUUGAUGGCCGGUAUGGGCGCCAGCGGAGUGCAGGUCAAGAAGAAUGUCAUCAAGAUCGGACGUCCGGGUUACAAGAUCACCAAGAUUCGCGAUCCUCUUACCCGUCAGCAGGGUCUCCUCUUCCAGCUGCAAUACCCUGAGAUCAACCACAACGUCGUUCCCAGGGUCCGCUUCAUGAGUGCCUUCGAGCAGAAGAUUGAGGAGCCGGACAAGUCUUACCAGUAUCUGCUGGUUGCCGCCGAACCCUACGAGACUUGCGGCUUCAAGUUGCAGGCCCGCGAGAUUGAUCGUCGCGAGAACCGCUACUGGACCUGGUACGACGAGGACCAGAAGGAGUUCUGGAUUCAGAUUCUAUUCAAGACGGAGCGUGAAGAGCGUUACAGCGGAGUCCCAGGCCUUGCACCUUCUAACGGACCAAGGCGAUAA